CACCGGAGCCAACCAGACUGACUCUUCCUUCGGCCAGCUGAAGGACGCCUCCCCAAUAAUCUUUUUCCCUCCUCUGCUUCCUCCCACCCCCCAAUGACUCGUCCACUCUUCUCCUCGUCCUGCUCGCCUGUUCUGUUCAUAUAUCCUCCUGCUUCUCCUUUUCGAUGCCACCGCCGUCCUCCUACAGUUGAGCCAGAUACCUUGCUUCUUCCGCUUCACCCGCACCUCUCCUCCGUGUUGAAUGGCCGCUUCGUCCCCGUAAACCGCGAGCGAGGCCAUGGCCACCCGCCUUCCUCCUUUAAACGAUGUCGCUCCUCCCCCGGCCCUUGAGUCGUCAUCGUCGACCUCGUCCUUUUCCUCCUCCAUACUUCAAGGGCCGUCCACUGCCGCCCCGGUCGCGACCGCGGGUCCGGAUGUGGUGAAAUUGGAAGAUUCCCCCACUCCGUCCGCAUUGACCUCCGCGGAUGCAGAAACUCCCGCACCGGACAACAAUGGACCACCGGCGACGGGUGCCGGCCGCAAACGUAAAUUGAACUGCACCUCUGCGCGAGGCGUCGCGAACCUCACGCCUGACCAAUUGGCGAAGAAGCGAGCCAACGACCGGCAGGCCCAGCGCGCCAUUCGCGAGAGAACGAAGGCACAUAUCGAUUCUCUGGAACAAAGAGUCCGCGAUCUUUCGUCGCAGAAACCGUUUUUGGACCUUCAGGCGGCAUUGAAACAGAAUGAAGUCAUCCAGGCGGAAAACAGAGAGAUCCGACAAGGGCUCAAGGUGAUCAUGGAUAUCAUCCAGCCUCUGCUGGGGAAACAAGACAAGCCGAACCCUCUCACUUCCACGCCGUCCUCAACCAGUGCUCGAAUCCCCCCGAUAACAACGACGCCGCCUUUGUCCGACAGCAUCCGUUUCUCGGCCCAUUCUCAGCGAUCUGCCGCAGGCGAGCAUCCGUACGCUGAGUCUACUACGAGCACCGAGACUUCUUCCGCCACCGCGCACGCGGCAUUCACCUCCAGUGCGGCACGCCGCGAAAUUACAACGGCCGGUCCGGGUUCUUUCCGCAUCGCGUUCGACUAUCAGCGACACAAUCUGGCUCACGGUCUGGACUUUGGCGGAACGGAUGAACGGAUGGGCUUCAACUUCUUGCUUGAUGCAUCGCAGCAAGUUCCUAAGGUGGAGGGGUUUCGACGUUCCUCAGAGACACAGAGGCCGCCUUUGAAUGCAUCUCCCACAUACCCCUCGCCGGUUCAUACCGCUAUGGCGGAGCAGCCACUGCCCGCCUUCCUGACCCCGAUUCGCAACAUCGCUCCGACAUGCACUCUAGACGCCAUUCUGUUGGAUUUUCUUCAUAACCGUCAGAAUCAAGCCGCGAAGGGGGUACCGAAACAGAGUCUCGUGGGGCCUUCUUACCCCAGCGUCUCAUCCUUACUCAAUCCGGAGAAAAGCGUUUAUUCACAUCCCUUGUCCAAAGUGUUCACCGAUAUCUUGCGGACAUUCCCGGAUAUCUCCACUCUUCCUGAGCAGGUAGCUGUGCUGCUUCUCAUGUUCCUCCUUAUGCGGUGGCAGAUUUACCCAACCCCCGAAAAUUACGACCGGUUGCCCGAGUGGCUCACUCCUCGUCCGUCCCAGCUUCUCACAGCCCAUCCGGCCUGGAUCGACUACCUGCCAUGGCCGCGGAUGCGAGACCGCUUGGUGAUGUCAUAUCACGAAUACCCGUUCGAGAAUUGGUUCAUUCCCUUUACACGCACCUUGUCCGUCAAUUGGCCCUAUGAGGCGACAGAUUGUCUCCUGUCUUCCGGCGACGGCGAUGAGCUUAUGAUCAACCCUGUGUUUGAAAGGCAUUUCCGCAAUAUCAGUAACUGGUCGCUGGGGCCCGCUUUUGCGGAAGCCUACCCUUCCUUGGUGGAGACCACGAAGAUUCGAUCGUCGCAGUAAUCCAGACGAAGUACCGGUCAUCUCCUUUGUGGCGUUGAUAAGUAAGGUACUUCACUGGCUUUUAUGCUGGCCGUGAUGAUCUGAUCCUAGUUCGACCGUGCCUUAUUCUCUGUGUCAUCCACGCCUUGCUGUACUCUGG